AUGGGUCGGUGCAAGUCGCCCAGGGCCACAGCUGACCACGCUCGGAGGAUCAUCGCAUCCCUUCCGCUGGGUGCCCACCGUCGUCUGCUGGUGGCAGUGGCCGCGUCGGUCAUCGCCAUGGCCGACGCGGCACAGGGGCCGAGGAAGAAUGCCGUGGAGAUGGACGGCAGUUAUCGGGCUUACUACAUGAACGACUUCUGCAGCGAGGGCCAGAAGCCGCUGCCCGUGCACCUGCCUCUGUUCAGCGAGCAGGCUUCCGUGGUGCUCUUUUCGCACCGGCGCAACAGCACGCCCAAGAGCGGCACCUGCCGGCUGCCCUUCCAGGUCGAGUCGGCGGCCAAGUUCACGCUGUCCUUCCGCUUCUUCGACACCGUCUCCGACUCCUUCAUCUGCCACAUGUACCUCGAGCUCAUUUCGUCGUCGGAAACGACGGAUCUCCUGUGCGGGAAGGACUACACCGGCACGAAGAGCAUGGAGAAGAUGUCGUCGACGCUGACUCUCAAGUGGACAGUGUCCCAGAGGGAUGUCUUGAAGAGGCUGGGAGGAUUCGAGAUCGUCAUAACCGGAUUUGAGCAGCCCGAUUCCGGCGGUUGUGGAUCUGGAUUGAGCAAGUGUGCCAAUAACCGAUGCAUCUGGCAUGGCUUCAAGUGCGACGGCAAGGACAACUGUGGAGACUUUAGCGACGAACGCCUUUGCUUUGCUGGAAUGCAAGACUUCAGCCUUUAUGUCAUCGCCCUCUUUCUCGUAACUCUUCUGCUCCUUGCUGUCGGUGUGGUGUUCAAGAUCAUGUACGACAAGUACGCUGUCGCGCCCCUAGAUGCCGAAGCACCGGUCCAGGGUGCCGACGCCCAGGUCCCGGGUUCCAUCCAGACGGUACUUCUACCCGGACCCCCUCCGGCCAUGGUCGUGAAGAAGACGCCGUCGGGUUCUUACCUCGACGAAGGAGCGCCUCGUCCCAAGCCCAGUAUGAUGAACUAG